CUCUGCUCUGCUCUGGGAGCUCUCAUAAUCCCUUUUCCUCCUAAGAAGCCGGUGAUUGUGUGAGGACAAUGGAGCGGGGCAGCAGCCACUUGGAGGACUUCGCUCUGAAUGUGUUUUCGGUCACUCCUUACACACCCAGUACCUCGGACAUCCAGGUGUCUGAUGAUGACAAGGCGGGGACCACCUUACUCUUCUCAGGCAUCUUCCUGGGACUGGUGGGGAUCACGUUCACCAUCAUGGGCUGGAUCAAAUACCAAGGGGUCUCCCACUUUGAAUGGACCCAGCUCCUUGGGCCCAUUCUGCUGUCGGUUGGGGUGACAUUCAUCCUGAUUGCUGUGUGCAAGUUCAAAAUGCUUUCCUGUCAGUCGUGCAAAGAAAGUGAGGAAAGGGUCCUCGACUCAGAGCUGACGGCGGGCGGACAAUCGUUUGUUUUCACUGGUAUCAACCAACCCAUCACCUUCCACGGGGCUACUGUGGUGCAGUAUAUCCCUCCCCCUUAUGGCUCUCAAGAGCCCGUUGGGAUGAACAACACCUACCUGCAGCCAGUGGUGAACCCCUGUUGUCUCACACCGUCUGGAGUGGUGGCUGCUGCCACGCCAAGCCCUCCCCAGUACCACACCAUCUACCCUGCAGAGAAUGCUGCCUUUGUUGCCGACCAGGACUACCCUUCCUCUAUGGAUGGUGGAAAUGACAGGUCCAGCCCUGACGCUGAGCAGCUAGAAGAGACACAGCGGGGAGAUGGGGACCCUGCCUGCUUCUCUCCUCCACCCUAUGAGGAAGUAUUCUCCCCCCCUUGCUAGAGACGGCAGUGCCGAGGGAACGGCACUGAAGUCAUUGUUGCUGACACCUGAAGGGCUCUAUGUACAGCCUUCAGAAGUGAGACAGCAGAGCAGCCCAGGAGGCCUGAGAGAUGCCGUUCAAGGGGACGUGGGAGGUAAAAUGCCCCAAAUUGAUAAAAAUUAGGCUGGGCUGAAGAAAUUACCUUCUGAUCCAGCUAGAAAUGCCCCGCUGUGUUCAGAAACAGGAAUCUCACCCAUCUAUCCAUCACCCACUCCGUUUCUCCAGGAAGGUGCUGCUGUUGCAAUUUUAACUCCAGCAGCCAAGGGCAAAAUCACUACUGCUGUGACUUUGGAAGUUUCCAUAGUAGGGAGGGUGGGGGUGGGGAGGAAGCAGGGAAGAGAAAACAGGUUCCACUGUAGCUUUCCCAGUGCCCAUUCUCAGUUCCCAAAGGAGAUUUGCAUAUCCCAAUCAACUCGGUUGCCGACAUGUGGCCCCUGAGGACUCUGGGUAUCUUAAAGGCUGCAUAAACAGACCAACAAACAAGCAAAUAAAUAAAUGCAAUAAAGUAAAAUCAAGAAUAGCUCCUGUUGGAAUGUUAGGUGGCUAAACCAUACAAAAUAAAUAAUAAUAGGACAAUGAUGUCACCAAACCCUUAAGUUAUCAUUAGGUGACAGUGACUUGACUGCUGAUGUUCUUGUUCUUGUUGGCAAGGCUGAAGCUUGAGAUGUCCGCCCCGGGCUGACAUCUGGGCUGGGCGCAAACUGCCUGGGCCCAGCGGCCCACACAAGCCCGGGCCUUCUCCAAGCGCCCAUAGAAGAGUCCUGUUGAAUCAGACAGAACAGACCUGCCAUGUCAACACCUGGGAACCACGAAUCACGGAAACAAUCUCUAUGGCCAAGACAAGCUCACUUUCUUUAUUAAAAAA